AACCAGAAGACCUUUCCGACGAAGGAAGUGGAAAAAAUAAGGAAGCAAGUUCGUGAUCUCCAAGCCGAGUUAGAUCAGACAAAAAGUACUCUUCAAAGUACCGAAGCUGCCCUGGUUUCUCUCACACAGGAAAUAAAUGUGGAACUUCAGCCAUUUUGCAUUCUCGCAUCGUGCCCACCACACGAUACUAUCAGGCGCUCGCAUGAUAUUGAAAGAAUCACUAACGAAAUGCAGGAACUUUACAAAAGUUCAAGCGGGGCAGUCAGUACAGUGUAUUUGUCAGGAAAUCCAGGAUGUGGCAAGAGCCAACUUGCCCGGGAAAUCGGACAACAGUUCUUUUCUAAACAAAACAAUGAUCUUAUCUUUCUGGCGACACUGAACACAGAAAGCAUUGACAAACUUGCUGACUCUUACCUCACCCUUGGGAGA